CCAACGUGUGUCACCUUCCUCCUCGGCAGGCCUUGAGCGACCGCUUCAGCGGCGAGAUCCCUGAUGACCAGAUGGCGCACAGCUCCUUUUUUCCAGAUGAAUACUUCACCUGCUCCUCCGUGUGCCUCAGCUGUGGGGUUGGAUGUAAGAACAGCAUGAAUCAUGGGAAGGAAGGAGUGCCUCACGAAGCCAAGAGCCGCUGCAGAUACUCCCACCAGUAUGACAACCGAGUCUACACCUGCAAGGCCUGCUACGAGAGAGGCAAGGAAGUCAGCGUAGUGCCCAAAACAUCCGCUUCCACCGACUCUCCCUGGAUGGGUCUCGCAAAAUAUGCCUGGUCUGGGUACGUGAUUGAGUGUCCUAACUGUGGUGUGGUCUAUCGGAGUCGGCAGUACUGGUUUGGGAACCAAGAUCCCGUGGAUACGGUGGUGCGGACGGAGAUCGUGCACGUGUGGCCCGGAACUGAUGGAUUUCUGAAGGACAACAACAACGCUGCCCAGCGCCUGCUGGACGGGAUGAGCUUCAUGGCUCAGUCAGUGUCCGAGCUGAGCCUUGGGCCCACCAAGGCUGUGACUUCCUGGCUGACAGACCAGAUCGCCCCUGCCUACUGGAGGCCCAACUCCCAGAUCCUGAGCUGCAACAAGUGCGCGACGUCCUUUAAAGAUAACGACACUAAGCAUCACUGCCGGGCCUGUGGGGAGGGCUUCUGUGACAGCUGUUCAUCCAAGACCCGGCCGGUGCCCGAGCGGGGCUGGGGCCCUGCGCCUGUGCGGGUGUGUGACAACUGUUAUGAAGCCAGGAAUGUGCAGUUAGAUGUUACUGAGACACAGGCGGACGAUGAAGGCGGAACGCUGAUUGCUCGGAAGGUGGGCGAGGCUGUGCAGAACACUCUGGGAGCUGUGGUGACAGCCAUUGACAUACCACUAGGUCUCGUAAAGGACGCGGCCAGGCCGGCGUACUGGGUGCCUGACCACGAGAUCCUGCACUGCCACAACUGCAGGAAGGAGUUCAGCAUCAAGCUCUCCAAGCAUCACUGCCGGGCCUGCGGACAGGGCUUCUGUGACGAGUGCUCCCAUGACCGCCGGGCUGUCCCCUCUCGUGGCUGGGACCAUCCCGUCCGAGUCUGCUUCAACUGCAAUAAAAAGCCCGGUGACCUUUAACCCCA